GGCACUCCAACAAUGAAUGUGCUGAGGGAAACACAUGUUUACAAUGAGAGGAGGCAGAAUGGAGGUGCACAGCAGCACUGUGGGCUUCAGAGAAGAGCGGGCACAUUGAGGAGAUAAGCAGACAACCUCUCCUCCUCCUGUCUCCUGCCUGCAGCCUUAAUGGUUUUUUUUUUUUGUAAACAAGCCCAAACUCAGAACUGAGCAAGUGUUCACUUGACAAUGAACACUUUCUCUUGGACACGGUGGCUCCUUCCUGCUGUCCCGCAGACACGGAAGUGAACAACACUCACAACGAAGAGGGCAGCAGAGUGGCGCUGUACCUUUCUAAAACGGAGGACUGACAGCGACUCAUCCCUGCAGCCGAUGACUGGCACACGCUCGCUCCCCUCUUCACUAAGUUAUACAUCAGAUAGACAAACUGUGUGCACCAACCGGGGAUGACCAGCGCCCUGCUGCUGAAAGCUUCACCCACAGAGUCUCCAUUCUGCCAGCAAACAUUCCCACAGGAUGGCUUCUCCCGCCGUCCCCCGCAGCGUUUUGGGACCCCCUCCGGCCGUCUGGCCCCCUCUGGACUUUGCGCUGGGCGCUCUGGCCUGCUGUGCAGCCUGCGUGUUCACCAAUCCCCUGGAGGUUGUGAAGACACGUCUGCAGCUUCAGGGCGAGCUCCGUGCUCGGGGAUCCUACCAGAUCCACUACAGGGGAGUCCUGCAGGCCCUCCUGGUGGUGGGGCGCACAGACGGGCUCCGGGGCCUGCAGAAGGGGCUCUCAGCGGGGCUCAUCUACCAGGGCGUGAUGAAUGGAGUGCGGCUGGGCUCUUACUCCUGGUGUGAAGCUCUGGGCAUCACCGCGUUUCACGGAGGCAGCCUGCUGUCAGGUGCAGGGGCCGGGGCCCUGGGAGCCCUCAUCGCCUCUCCUGCUUAUUUGGUAAAGACUCAUCUUCAAGCCCAGACAGUGGACACUAUAGCUGUUGGUCACCAACAUAACCAUCUGAGUGUUUCCGAUGCCUUUGUUACCAUCUAUAGAAGAGAGGGCCUGAGUGGUCUCUGGAGGGGGGUCAACGGAGCCGUUCCUCGAGUCAUGGUGGGAUCGGCCGCUCAGCUGGCCACCUUCACCUCGGCCAAGGACCGGGUGUCUCACUCUCAGUGGGUUAGUGGCAACGGCUGGCUCACUGCGUUGAUCGCUGCCGCCAUCAGUGGCGUAGCCGUGGCCAUCACCAUGACUCCAUUUGACGUGAUUAGCACGCGGCUCUACAACCAGCCAGUGGACGAGUCUCGCAAAGGGCGCCUGUACCACGGAUUUACAGACUGCUUGCUGAAAGUGUGCCAAGCCGAAGGUCCCCUGGGUUUAUAUAAAGGCAUGGGCCCUGUGUUCCUGCGGCUGGCCCCGCACACAGUGCUCAGCAUGCUGUUCUGGGAUCUGAUGAGGCAACACGCAGUCAAAGACAAGUAGAAGCAAAGAAGCAUCUGAGUUGGACUGUGUCUCUAAAUGACUCAGAACUUCAUGCAAAACUUGACAUUUCUAACAAUCUACCUGUUCGGAUUCUGGCUUCGAGUAAUCAGUGAAGGUUGAUACCAACAAUUAAGGGAUGACAGCUGCUUGGCUGCAACAAGUGACUCUGAAGUUUCUCUCUUGGAUAAAAUAUCUGAGAUACUCAGGCUAUUUGCACUAAUUAAGCAACCACUACAAAACACACUGGGAGGCAAAAAUCUAAUGACAAUCUGACAAACCAGGGCUGCAAGCCUCUACGUUCUCAGACUAGCAUCUGUUAGCUGUAGCUUCAUAUUUGAUUUAAAAAAUGGAGCGAAGAAUCAAAUAUGACUAAUCUGAUAGUUGUCUUUUAAUGAAAUGUGUUCUGAGUCAGGAAUCUCAGAGGUUCAGACUCUAUAAAACAAGAAUGGGACGUGUCAACCGUUGUGUUUAAUAUGAGAUUUUGUUAAACCUCUUAAUGCAGAGCUGUUGAUCAGGUUUCACGAAGCGGAGCUGCUUGCUCACAGAGCAACACAAGCUGUCUUCCAUUUUCAGAGUCCACAACCACGCCUGGAUUUGUCGUGUUUUAAUGUGUGUUGCUCUUGCCUUUUUUGUUUGGAUGACAGGAAAAGAAAAUCUGUUGAGAUUAUUUCUCUUUUCUGACCUGCAAAGCAGAGAACCUAAUUGCAUUCAAGGUUAUUUUUUAUCAAAGCUUUUUAACACUGGGUGCUUUAAGCCCCCUUAACUGUGGUAAAUAAUAGCAAUAAACACAUAUUUUUUUUGUAAAUACAGACUAAAGAUGAUCUGGAGUUUUGUCUUUUGAAUAAACUUUGCAACAAAAACGGUUUUAUUUAUGCUAACUUCAACAUUUAUCCCUAAAAAUGUAAUUACCCAGAACCUUGGGCCUCAUGCGGGCUUAUUGUUUGCAUUUUGACUGCCGGUGUUAAUUAUUAAAUUUACGUCUGGUGACACUGACGG